CCACUUCACGGACCCUGCUGGUGUGUCGGAAUCCCGACACCGUGUGUGCAUUUGUGAACAUCAUCUGGGGAUGGAGUAGAGGGAAGUAUGGAUCCAAGUGAAGAAAAAACAGACAAAGCUAUCGACAUUUAUCGGGACACGUGGGUCCGCUUUUUAGGCUAUGCCAACGAAGUCGGGGAGGCCUUCCGUGCCCUGGUGCCAGUGAGCUUCGUUUGGGGCAGCUAUGCCGUAGCCACUGCUUAUGUUACUACAGAUGCAGUGGACAAAGGCAAGAAAGCAGCUGUGGCCCACGGCGACAAUCCCGGGAAGACGACACGAGUGGCAGUGGCGGUGGUGGACACGUUUGUGUGGCAGGCCCUGGCCUCUGUGAUCAUCCCGGGCUUCACCAUUAACCGCGUGUGUGCUGCAUCCCUGUAUCUGCUGGGCAGGACCACCAAGUGGCCUCUGCCUGUUCGCAAGUGGACCACAACAGCGAUCGGCCUCUCCACCAUCCCCUUCAUCAUCACUCCCAUAGACAGAUCUGUGGACUUCCUGCUGGACUCGAGCCUUAGGAAGGUGUAUAAUGACGGAAAGAAGCACGACUAAGGAGGAUCAUGCACCAGUCUGCUAACCUGCACCGAUUAUCCAGACCAUCUGGAAAGCAGCCGCUUCGUGGAGCAAGAUUUCUCACUCACUUAGCGAUAUACCUGUAUUACAAUAGAUUUUAUUACAGAGCUGAAUAUUUAUAUACCUAGUUAGGUGAAUAAAAAGGAAGUCCUGCUCCAGGAGAGGCUCGACUUUAACCUCAGGACAGUCUAGGUUGGAUUACCAAAAUAAAUCUAAAUGAGAAUGUAGUAGUAAAAAAACGAUGGAGCAUCUCCACCUUACCUGCUUGUUUUGUAGGGUUUAUGGAAUAAUAAUCAACUCAUGGUUGGUAAAGAGAGCUCCAGAUGUUGCCAUCUUUAAAAAGACUUAAUGUCUAAACAUCAAGGUGCUUUUUGAAUCAACGAACACUUGGUGUGCUAUUAUUAGCCAUAUUCAGUUGUACUGUAGUAUAAUGGCGGGUCAAUGAGCCAGGUCACCAUCAGAGUUGUUUCUUUUUUAAGAUAAAGGCUUCUGUUACUGAAAAAAAAAAAAAAACCUGCAGCACUUAAGGGGCGUUUACAUGGUGAACUUUUUCAGUUUGUCUUUCUUUCUUAUGAAGGUCAACGAGCCUUUUAAUGAUAGCCUUCUUUACGCAACAGUUCCAUCUUUUUUUUUAAUCUAUGCACUGUACAAAACCAGUUUACGGUUAGAAAUGGCAGUUCGUUUGAUGCUGUCCAUACAGCGUGAAACGUCAAGCUCGGCUUCAAGUUACUGAAGUUAUACGGUUUUAUAUUUACAGUAGGUAUAGUCGGCCUGAGCCAAGAAAAAGCAGAAAUUUACAAAACAAAUUUACAGAAGCCAAAACUGUGACGAUUCACCCAAGAUGCCGCAUUUCACAGUGAGCUAUGCAAGGGAAACGUUAUUGUGUGUAAGGACGCAUUCAAAGCGGCGUGGAUGGUUUUUCUGCAUUAAAAAUGUAGGUAAUUCCUCACUUUUAAAAUAUUUAGAAAUCAAGAAGGGAAAUCUGAUGUCAAAGGACUGCAGGCAGCUGGGAAGACAGCAAGAGAAAUCCUACAGCACACCGGUCUACUGUAUGUGUUUAACAAUAACUCUGGUUUAAUAUGUCUCUUCUUGUAUUCCUUUUCUUUCUUUUCUUUUUUUUUCUUUUUUUCCUCUACAAAAAAUCAACAAAAAGAGACUACUGGUUUGCAAAUGAACUUUAUUUCAACAAGUUUGCUUGUUGACAUCAGGCACAACUUUUUUUGCGGAGCAACUUGACAGCAUUUUGUUUUUCCGCACUGAAAUAAAUGCCUUUUCUGCUCCGAUCUUUUUAUCCAGCACACAUUGUCCUAAUCUUUGUGCAUAAGCAAGUUUUUCAUCAGCCAGUUUUAUACAUCAGCACAGGAGGUCUCCAAUGUUCAAAUGCAGUAAAUAGCAGCUGAGCCACAAUAUUCGUCAUUUGUUUUAGUUAUGCACCCUUUUCUGCGAUGAUGUUGAAAUGUCUGCCUUGAGCUAAAAAAGACGCCGUCCCAUGUCAAACAAUGUUCAUAUACACAUGAAAUUUUAACAUUUCAGAUUUUGACAGGUUUUAGAAAUAUGUUUACUUUUUAAUCAAUGUUACUUUCGGUUACUUUUUCCACCUUAUUUGAAAGGAAAUGCACAAACGAGUUGUUUCAUUACUGUCGUUCACAUUGUGGGGAUUCAGAGCUGAAACAUAAAGUUUCAUUUGUACCAUGAACACGUGCAAUCUUCAUAUUCUGUUGUUUUUUGGGCUGUGGGGAAAUAAAGUGUCUACUGUCUGAAAUCUC